ACCGCAUUUAAUGUGGACAGGGGGCUCAGCUGGGAGGCCGCCAAGCGGCGCCUAGAUCGCGAGCGGCUGCCCGGCGACCCCAGCAGCGGCUUCCGACUGAGUCGGCGGCCGCUGGGGGCGGUGCAGCUGGUGCUGCUGGCGCUGCGCAAGCCGGGCAGCAGGAGCCUGUUCAGCAUUGCACGACCCAACACGGGCGCCUCCUUCUUCGACAUGGACGCUGCCGACCUGGACGCCAAGUACCUGCCCCCGCCGACCCACGGGUCACCCGAGGAGGCGCAGCUGGAGGAGCUCUGGCGCGCCGCACAUGCAGCCGCACUCACGCAGUGCAGCCACGGACCGGGGUGCAGGCUGGGACCGGAGUGCGGGGUGGGUCGUCGCAUCACCACCGUCACCGUGCUGAGCGGCAGUGUGGUGCGGCUGUGGGGGGUGCUGGAGGCGGUGCUGGCGAGGAGGGAGGCGGAGCUGCCGCGUAUGGAGCGGAGCAUGCGGGUGGUGCGAGUGGAGUGGGGCGAGGAGGAGGACAAGGAGGAGGAGGAGGGGCAGCGAGGGAGCGAGGGCAAGGGUGAGGCUGCUGCACCGCAGUCGCCGCCCUCGCCCUCCUCGCCUCAGAUCACCCUGCUCAGCGGCAGCACCGCCGGCAGCGGUGGCGCCGCGGACAGCAUUGCCAGGGCGACUGCGGACCCCACCGCUGUCGCCACCUCCACCGCCGCCGCCACCUCCACCGCCGCCACUGCCAC